CCGCUUGAACCCGUAGACAAUGUCCGGCCACGGGCGGUCAGUGUUCUUGAAUUCUUGCAUCAAAAAGCCGCUGAAUCCGGCCAGCAAGCAUCCAGUUCCGUCGUACCUGGUACCGCAGUGCAGUUUGGACCGAGGUCCCGAAGACCAGCAGCGUCUGCAAAACUUGGACAUGAUUACGCGUAAGAAGGCCACCAGCAAGUGUCCGUUGGUUCGGAACGGUCACCCCUCGAGGACACGGACCAAGUGCUGCUCGAUUACGCACCAGUUGCGGAAGGAGUCGGACAACUUCCAAUCGCUGGUUAAGUUUUACGACAGCAUUCCCGACUACGAUGACCUGAACCAUCUACCGAAUGAGGAGUUUUACCACAAGCUGAAUACACUUCGGAAGAAGCAGCGGGAGUUGAGAUUUUCUUGCUUUAACGCGGCUUUUGAACCCGGAUGUAGCAGCAGCAGACGUUCCAAGCGCGAUGACAACGAUAAUGAGUCGCUCAGCUCGUGGAGCAAGUCACCUCCAGCGGUGCAGCAGAGUGGGAUUCUCAAUGGGACGACCCGAAAGGGUUCAGCGAAAUCGGUUCGAAUUGAAGCCACUGCGAUGGCGGGGAAGGAUGACACCAAAGAGGACAGUUCCGAGGGAAGACCUUCCCGCAGGAGGUUCCGCGCUGGAACGCCUUUUAUUUCAGACCACGAAGAUAGUACAAAGAACGCUUCGACGUGCACCACUCCGAUCAACUCGGACUUUGUUGAACGGUAUGAUCGCUAUUGUAAGCGGAAUCUACGCUGCAAGUCGGCCUCUCCCAUACGGGACUAUUCUAAGAUCACCAUUCCACAACCGUACAAAAUGACUCAACGGGAGGAGGACGAACGAGCGCUACAAGAUCUGCUGGUCACCAGCCAAAACGCCUUCUCAUCAUCCAAGGAGACUCUCAACAAGCUAACUUCCACGAUCAAGGCGAACCCGGUUCCCAUCACUUCUCGAAUUCCUCUAUUCAACACCAUCAUGGCCGACCAGGAGUACCGGAACCGGCUAGCAAAGCUCAACUCCGAAAUCGAGCUGCAGUCCCAGAUGAAGCCAUUCCAUUUCAGCGAGCGCCUCAACCGUCCCCACAGCCGAUGCCUCAGCCGUAGCCUGUCCUCACCGGCCCUCCUGACCACCGGCUUCGAAACCCUCCCUAAACCAUCCACUUCUUCCUUCAAAGCCAAACCCUGCCCAAAGAACCUGUUCAGCAACUAUUUCUACUUCAAGAUGUGGGAGGAGGACUACUUCCGGAACAUGAACAAGCGACUCCGCGCCGAGGAACUCAUGCGGCAGUCCUCCCUGCCUCCGGCCAUGGCCCGUCGGGAGCGAAACUCCCAAAACCAACAACAGCUGAUGCGAAAGGGACCGUCGCGCGUCGAUUCCGCCGACUCUCCGUCGAAGAAGGGCAAACGAAAGCGCAAAUCGAAGCGCAGUUCCAAGCGGAAAAAGGGCAUCGAAGAGCGAUGCGUGGAGUUCUUUUCCGGAGCGUUCGAAGCCGGCUCGUCGACGCCGUCGCAGUCCAAGUGCGUCGGAAAGCUGCUCUACCCGUCGAGCAACUCGAGCUGCACGGGUAGCGUGGACGCGAACCCCGGAACCAGCGCAACGCCGAUCUACCCGGUGAACCGUCCGAAUCUGGCCGCUACGCUGCGUACCGAGUGGUGCCGCAAGAAGCUGCGCGAUCUUGACCUGGAGGACAGUGGUACCGACUCGGUCAAGAAGGCGCCCAAGUUCCAGUGGGGCGUCAAAAAGUCGCAGGCCUUUCAGAACUUGAACAUUGAUCACAGUCACCAGGAGGAGCUGAAUUUGCGAUUGGCGACUCGCCGAGCGGAACAGAAGCUAAGGCAGGAAGAGCAUGCGAUUAAUAUGGAGUUGAUGAGACAGCGGGUGAAGGCGGCUCCGCUGCUGCUGGAAGGUCCUCCGCAAUGGGGCCCUCGGUUGGGUCACGUAGCCCAUCGCUGCAUGACCAGCGGGGGCGGUGAUGGAAAGGGAGAUCCGUUGUUUACCAAGUCCGAGAAGGGUAAAGGCUUCAAGAAGAGUGGCAGUGGCGGCGUAGACAAAGGUAAGUCGGGUCGGGCCAGUCGUGACAAGAACCAUCGUGAGGACAAGCGCAGCUACAGCGGUAGCAAGCUCAGCAACUACACGGACUCGUCGUCCAAGCUGUGCGACGAUGAGCUGGAUAGCCAUUUCACCGAUGAUGUUUGAAGACACCAUUUUGUUUUCCCUUUGAGUGUGAACAAUCAAAAUAAACGCGGA